GACUCAGAGCUGCGCUUCUCCCACUCCCCUCAGCUUCCUUAGGAUUUUGUUUCUCAGGGAUGGCCGCAUCUAUUCUGGAGGUAGGGAAUGUAAUUGAAGACACACGCUAUGGCUCCAGUCCCCUGGCUAUGUUAACUGCUACCUGUAACAAGUUUGGCAGCACCAGCCCCGUCAGGGAUUCAGCGACACCCGGUAAGACCGGCAGCACUACGCCAGUUAAGAAGCCCUACACCAUGACCUCUGACCUUCAGACAGCUAAAAACGGGCGAACCGCAGACGGUAGUGGCCUGGCGGACUCCUACACUGGCUCCUUCACCACAGCUGGAGGAGGAGGAGGCGGCGGGCUGCUUACCCCCACUGGAAGCCCCCCUCCCUCAGCCGGAGGCUAUACUUCAGAAUAUAACCCUUUCUCCCACUCUUUCCAGACCUCAGUCUCCCAGGACCCGUCUCUUUUAGUGUCCAAGGCCCACGCUACGGCCGACUGCCUCACCAGUGUCUAUACAUCACUGGAUAUGACGCAUCCCUAUGGCUCCUGGUACAAGGCUGGCAUCCACCCCGGCAUUACUGCUGCUCCAGCGAAUGCCACGUCCUCCUGGUGGGACGUCCAUCCCAACUCCAACUGGUUGUCAGCAACCCAGCCCCAGUCAGAUGGGGGUCUGCAGGCCUCCCUGCAGCCUGUUGCACCCCAAGCUUCACUCAGCCCACAGCUUCCCAGUUAUAGCACCGACUUUACCCCCCUAAACCCGGCUCCUUACCCUUCUGUGGGACUGGGCUCCUCUUCACACCUCCUCCAGCCCUCCCAGCACAUGCUGCCUCAGGACAUGUACAAGCCCAAGCCUGUGCCAAGUGCAGGGUUAAUUGAGAGCCAAAUGGGCUUAAAGCCUGCAAGGGGAUCAGGAGGCUACAGUGGAGGGGGUACACCCACCAGGUCUUCAUGUGACUGUCCCAACUGCCAGGAGCUGGAGAGGCUGGGUGCAUCAGCUGCAUCCCUGAGGAAGAAGCCUGUCCACAGCUGCCACAUCCCGGGCUGUGGAAAGGUCUACGGCAAGGCUUCACAUCUCAAAGCCCACCUGCGCUGGCACACUGGGGAGAGGCCCUUUGUUUGCAACUGGCUGUUCUGUGGAAAGCGUUUCACCCGUUCAGAUGAACUGGAGAGGCAUGUGCGCACCCACACACGAGAGAAGAAGUUCACCUGUCUACUGUGCAACAAGCGCUUCACACGCAGUGACCACCUGUCCAAGCACCAGAAGACCCAUGCAGAUUCUGCACUGCAGGGGAAGGCUGUAGCUGUGGAGGGAGAUGCAGAUCCUCGGAGUGAAGAGACCACAGAGCUGAGCACCAGCGCUGUUCCCACUAAUCCUGUCGCUGACCCAAUCACCAACGGAGAUGAGAAAACUGGCACACCUAAUGGAGUUGAGAGCAGCAGUGGACUGUUGGAGAUUUAACUUUAUUACGGUUCUUUACAGUGCUAUUUUGAGACAUGGUGCAUUUGUCAGUAAUGGCAAAACAGUCAUCCUUAAAAUACAGAGACAGUGUUUUAUUUGAACAAAUACGAAGGAUUUCAGACCAUGUUUUGAAAGACUUAAUAUGAUAAGUGACUGAGCAUGCUGCAGGUAGCAAUCACUUAAUUUUCUCUGGACCACACACAUACACAUAUAAGCAUGCAAACAAAAGAAAGCACGGAAGUGUACAUGCCUGCACACUGAAAUGCAUUCACACAGAGACACACAACUAUUAUAUUUUAAAAUACACAUGCAUGGAAGUAACUAUGAACAAAUAUACAGACAUGCUUUAUGCAAACAUGCAUGUAAGCACACACUACGAUAUACCUGCAUGCAGACAUAAAGACACUAAUCUAAACAUGCCCAUGCACAUUUUGUAGCCUACACUCAUAUUCUGCCUUUCAAAUGAGACAAACCACUGGGGAAAUUUAAUCUGCAAAAGCAGAAGGAAAAGAGCUCUGAGGCCGCAAAAGGAAAGUAGUUUUAGAACAAUACUUAGGGUUAGAAUGAGGAUGGAGUUGAUGGAGCAUUGCAUGCCUUGAGAAAAAUCUGAUUUACAGCUGUACUUUGAUACUUUUUCAUUAUUCUUGAAACAAUCAAUGGACAGUUUUACUGCUUCUUGUUGCCAAAGACAUUGUGUUGUAAAAAAAGGUUUUGGAUUUCACUUUUGUUUGCUUCUUACUAUGUCUAAUUUAAUUUCAUAUUUACAUACAGUAAAUAAUCUAAUUUAUGUCUUAAAUUAUACACAUGGAAGAUGAUCCUGCAUGCUGCAGGAAAUAUAGUGCCUGAAUAAAUGCAAGAUAGUUGAAGCUGGCCAAAAAAAAAA